AUGGCCAUGCGUUACAACGGUCACGGGGGCUGGUACAACCCCUACGGUCGACCCCGAGACGACCACCCGAGCCAUAUCUAUCCGGGUAAGCCACCGGCCCUAUUCGGCUCGAUACCGAUCACUUUACCGGCUGCUCUUCCAAAUCAGUAUGCGGUUCGUAACUUCGUACCCCCAAGAUGGGACCGUGAUGAUUUCUAUGAUUUCAGAACUCCUUGUUAUAGAUAUGACGAUGAUGAUAGUGAUUGGAGAGUUAAUGCCAGAGAAUCUCAUCGAUAUUUCAUACCGAAUCGUAUCGAUAUUUCAUACCGAAUCGUAUCGAUAUUUCACACCGAAUCGUAUCGAUAUUUCAUACCGAAUCGUUUCGAUAUUUCAUACCGAAUCGUUUCGAUAUUUCACACCGAUUCUCAUCGAUAUUUCAUAUCGAACCUCAUCGAUAUUUUAUUCAUACCGAAUCGGAUAACCCUGGCGGUAACAGGGGGUAUCGGGAUAGCCAUUAGCAUCACGAAUUUGUUUCUGGGUUACAUUACUUCAAUCACCUGCUUGGAUACGAGCUCUCUAGCUUCAGCUCUGCAGAGGACCAAUGCCUUCAGCUUGCAUAACGCUAUGCACAUUUUGCCUCUGGCUGGCUCGAUGAUGGUAAAUGUUGAAAUAGAAAAGUAUUUUGGCGAUGGCAUUUGCCAUUGGCAUCUUAUUGUUGUAUCUCAGAUUCAGCAGAGGAAAAAUAAAAAAAGGUUCCCCAUUGUUGAGAAAACAGUGAUCCAGCCGGUCAUCCAACCAGUGAUCCAACCAAUAGUACCUCCCCCACCACCCCCCGUGGUUCAGCCCGUUGUUCAGCCCGUGAUACAACCCCCUCCACCGCCAAUUGUCCAGCCUGUGAUUCCGCCUCGCCCCCCUCUUUUUUACCCCCCGGUUCGUCCAGGGCUCUUGCCUCCCAGACCACCUUUUCUGCCGCCGGGACCCGCCUACAGACCAGCUACAGCCUUCAAUCCUUACGUAUGUGACCUCUUCUGA